AUGGAUUCACCUCAUAAAACCAAGUCUCUCUCCACUAAUCUCUUCUUCCUUUUCAUCCUCUUGUCAACAAAUCUUCUCACCUUGUUCCUUUCUUCUACUUUCAAUGCCUCCUCGUGCUCUUUCAAUCCCACCAUUCCCACCACCACCACCACCACCAAGGACAAUCAAUAUCCUUCUCCUAAAUCACCCGAUGUAUCUACAGAAGCAACAAAUAAUUUAGAUCUUUCACCUGAAUUCCUUGCUUUUACAUCCGGGCAAUUACUCCCAUUUGGGGUCAAUAUCAACUUUGAUUCCGACACCAUAUACCCCCCAGUUGGAAAAGCAUGCACCCAAUUCCCCAAAGAACUCAACACCUUCAUGUCUUACAAAGUCAAUGGUUCAUGCCCAGAUGAUGAGCUCUUAGCCCAAAAGCUCCUCCUCAAAGGCUGUGAGCCACUCCCUCGACGCCGUUGCCGCCCUGCUGCCCCUUCUAAAUAUGUUGAACCAUACCCUCUUCCAACUAGCUUAUGGACAACGCCCUCAGAUAACUCCAUUGUAUGGACAGCUUACACUUGCAAAAACUAUGAUUGUCUCGUCAACAGAAAGUAUAGGGAAAAGGGUUUCAGUGAUUGUAAAGACUGUUUUGAUCUUCAAGGAGCUGAGAAAUCUCGUUGGACCUCAUCAAAAGGUGGUGGUGUAGACUUCAGUAUUGACGAAGUCUUGGCAACAAAGAAGCCUGGAACAAUACGUAUCGGGCUUGACAUUGGUGGUGGUGUAGCUACUUUUGCUAUAAGAAUGAUGAAAAGGAACAUAACCAUUAUUACAACCUCUAUGAACUUGAAUGGUCCAUUCAACAAUUUCAUUGCCUCAAGAGGGGUUGUGCCUCUCUACGUUAGUAUCUCUCAGAGGCUUCCUUUUUUCGACAACACGUUGGACAUCGUUCACUCCAUGCAUGUAUUGAGUAACUGGAUCCCAACAACGUUGAUGCACUUCUUGAUGUUUGAUAUCUAUAGGGUGCUUAGGCCUGGGGGGUUGUUUUGGCUUGAUCAUUUCUUCUGUGUGGAAGAGCAGUUCGAGCAAGUUUACAAGCCGCUCAUAGAGAGCAUUGGGUUCAAAAAGUUAAAGUGGGUGGUAGGGAAGAAGCUCGAUCGUGGUCCAGAGCGCCGUGAGAUGUACCUUUCGGCUUUGUUGGAGAAGCCAUUGAACAACUCCUGGUGA